CGUGGAGGACGAGGGGGCGGUUUUGCACCGCGCGAUUUCGGUCCACCCGAUGAGGUCCUCGAAAUGGGCUCCUUUGUGCACGCCGUCGAGGACGAGAUGCUAUGCGCAUCCACAAUGGCGGAGAAGGUCCCGUACUUCAAUGCGCCUAUAUAUCUGCAAAACAAGUCUGUCAUAGGGCGGGUCGACGAGAUUCUGGGGCCGAUCAACGAAGUGUUUUUUUCAGUCAAAAUGGAGCAAGGCAUGGUCGCUAGCAGCUUCAAAAAGGGGGACAAGGUUUACAUUGGAGGAGACAAGCUGCUACCAAUUGACCGUUUUCUGCCGAAACCAAAGGCAGCCGGUGGUGCGUGGAGUUUCAUUCUAGGACAACGGAUUGUUUUGCUGAUUGUCUCAUUUUAG